UGUCACUGGGCACUUAAAAGAAGAGACAGGGGCGAGAAUGAGGAGAUGGAGGAAUGAGUGAGAGAGAGAGAGAGAGAGAGAGAGAGAGAGAGAGAGAGAGAGAGAGAGAGAGAGAGAGAGAGAGAGAGAGAGAGAGAGAGAGAGAAAGAGAAAGAGAGAGAGAAAAUGAAAGGGAGAUUACACAAGAAGGUGAGAUAGUGAUGUGUGAGCAGAAGAAAGAGGGACCGAAAAAGACAGAAGCAAAGGAAAUCUUCUAAAUUCCUCAGUCCAGCAGAGGUGAUGACAAUGUGUUACCUCUCAGGUACCCACUGCUACCUUUACUGACCAACACAGAUGAGUCGUAUUGUGGUCAUGGUCAUGGAGAUGCUGUGGUCUUUAUACAUGCUGGUGGUUCUGUUUUCAGUACAUGCGGCCCACUCUCACAAAGAUUCACAAGGACUCUCCUGUGUAAAUGACUUAGUCAACAAUGUCACCUGUACAUGGGACGGCUCUCUGAAGGACCCUGGUGUUGACUGUUGGAUCUCCGGCCUGAAGCAAACGACGAUUGUGACGGAUGAUGGGAGAAAAACCGUAACAAUAAUCCGAAGUUGCAAGCUGAAACAAUACAAAGACUCUCCCCCAGGCUGCAGUUUUGUCUUUGAAAAGAAUAAAUUCAACACUUUUGAAUCCAUGCCCAACAUUAGCAUGGAGUGUAAUGGCACAUUGCUGGAUUACCUCACAAAGUACAAGCCGGUCGAACACAUUCAAAUGCAACCUCCAGGUGCUCCUAAUGUCAACUGCACUGGUAAUGAGAUUUCGAUAUCGUGGAGUCUAGACAGCCUUACCUCCCAGUUCCUUAAAUCUUUUGACUUCCAAGUUCAAAUCAAACGGAAUCACCAGACAUGGGAGACUUUUUCCACACCAGAACAAGAGCUACAGCUACAAAUGCAGAUGAAGGGGGUCUGCCUGGUCAGAGUGAGAGUCAUGCCAUUCGAUAGGCAACAUAGCCACUGGAGCAAGUGGAGUCCAACUACAGAAUGUCAGGGCACAGAACGGGAAGAACCCUUUCCAGGUCAUCAUUCUGUUUCAGAGUCGUGGUCAGGCCUACGACAGUUCCUGAUACCCAGUUUGGUUUUCAUCAUCAUAGUACUGGCAGUGCUUUACUGGAUAUGCGUGAGCAAGAUCCUUGCAAGGGAGCCAGUACCAAACCCUUCGAAAUACUUUCACACUCUCCACUCUGUCCACGGAGGAAAUCUAAAGACAUGGCUAAAUCCUCUGUCGGCUCCAGAAUCAUUCUUCACCGCCCAGCCAUGCGAUGAAAUCUCCGCAGUGAAGGUGGGUGAAAGCUGGGAUGUGGCGCCCUCCACCUCUCCCUCCUCCAGCGCCUUACUUCACUUUAGGAGCUACCCCUCAGCUGGUUCAGACACUAGCGGGGUGGUUGACAAUUCCUCUUCCUCUGUUUCAUCCGGCUUCUCCAACAUGGGUUAUUUCAUGUCUAGCUCCUCCAGCAGCUCAGCUAGAACUGACCCCAGUUCUGACUACUUCACCUAUAAGGAAGAUUUACGCAAUUCACAAAACAGCCACAACCUUCGCCUCUCCCUCUGCCCUCUCCUCACCACCUCUCAGACCUAUGAGAGCUUGAAGAGGGAACCACACAGCCCAGACUCUGGAUUUGGCAUCGGAGAGGAAGAGGAAGAGGACAAAGACGAUAACAGUGAUGUAACCGGGGAGGAGGUUUCAGAUGAUCACCAAAGCGCUCCUUUUCUCAUUCUUCCUCUCCAUCUUCCUUCCUGGAUGUGCCCCGCCACCAUUCCUCCACCACCUCUUCAUCCUCCUAGUCUUACUCAGAUAUCGUCUGAGAGCCAACAGGUGGAUGUAACUGUGGCAGCUGCUAAUGGUAGCUAUGCGGCCUGGCCUGUUGCUGGUGCCAUGUACAGGUCCUCCUCCAUGCCUGUGGAGCCCUGUAAAACAGGCUAUCUCACCCUCAAAGAGCUACAGACAACAUUCAGCAAUAAAUCUAUCUAAGAAAGUGUAGUGUAUCUACAUGAAUCACUUUGCAACCAUUUUACAUGUAAUCUGUGUUUACAUCAUAAGCAGCCUGACCAACUAUUCAUUCAGUCUGAUUGUGGAUGCAAGAGUUCCUGACAUUAUAAAUGCAAUGUUCGUGUGUGGUUUUGACUAAGAAAAAUUUAUAACUACUUUUUUCCAUAUCAAAGUAUUUUUCUGCUUUAACCUGCAUUUAUUUUAUUGGCCACUUGGGGGCAGCAGGACAAGCUGGAAAUACAUUAUCACUUUAUAAACGUAGCAGACUUGUUUAACUUGUAAUUAUACACGUCCAGCAGACAUGGAGCAAAAUUAGCAUUAAUUUGAAGCCAUGUCUCUGGUCACCUGAUGAAUGUAAGCAUAAUAUUUACUUUCCUUUCAGCUCUGUUGGAUCUCUCCACCUACUCUUAAGAAAAAUAUCUUGCGCUUGAGCAGCUAAAUGCUCCACAGUGAUCUCCAGUGUGGGACAGAUAGCAGGGUAGACCUGUCAACUGUCCUGUUUUUCCUGGGUUUCUCCUGUAUUUUCACCUCCUUUCCCACUUUGCUCCUGUUCCAUAAUUUUCCCUGAAACUCUACCAUAUUUCCCUUUUUUAAUUAUUUUUACAGGUUUAUAGAUGUCUAUUGGCGCUUUUCCACUACACAGUUUCAGCACGACUCGCCUCGCCUCGCCUCGGCUCGCCUCGACUCGACUCGGCACGGUUCCUUUUCCAUUACAAAAAAGUACCUACUCAACGUGGGCGGGGUCGUCAUAGCACGGCUCCGCGAAACUGCCGUGACUUCGUUUUAUACGCGACACAAAACACAUAAACAAUGGAGGACAUUGAGGCAGUGGUGUACUUGCUGCUGUAUGAGGCUUUUUGUCUCACACAAAGCAAGAAAAUUGAGCCAUAUGGCUGUAACUAUGGUUGUAACGCUGCUGCCGGUAUUUAAAAAUGCUGGGUUUGAUUCUUGUGUGGGACGGCUCAUGACUCUUCCAGCGACAACUACCAAUCAGCGGCCAGCAGUGUGUCGACGUCACAUUUUAGUACCGGCUUGGCUGGCUUGGAACCUCACCAGAGCAGGUACUAAAAAAGGACCAGGUACCAGGUACUUUCCCUAGUGGAAACGCAAAAAGAACCGAGGCGAGUCGAGGCGAGUCGAGGCGAGUCGUGCUGGAACGGUGUAGUGGAAAGGCGCCAUAAGUGGGCCAAUCAAGUUGUUUCAGGUGGAUCCAUAGACUUGCAUA